GACGCCCGCUAGGUUUUCCCACAUCCUGCGCCGCCGUCGCACACCUGCUCGCCGCCACCCCUCGCCGCCAACGUCCCAACGCAGGUUGCCUCGCCGGAUCCACCCCUCGCCGCCUCGCCCCAACUCCGGUCGCCUGCCGCCUCGACCCAACGCCGACCUCCCCAACCCCGGAGCACGCCGGCCUCCCUACCUCCCGGAGAGUGACACCCGCUUCUCGUGCAUCAUGGCGUCGCCUGGGAUGGACAAGGCAACGAAGAGGGCAGCUAAGAAGGCAGACAAGGAAGACAAGACAAACAAGGCACUUUGGGAUGCAUACCACACCAUGCAUUGUUCUAAUUUCAUCUCUAUGCAUGUAGAUAUGUACUACCUUGUGGAUUCCGGUUAUCCAAACCGGGUGGGAUAUCUAGCUCCUUACAAAGGCCAGACCUAUCACCUUCCAGAAUUUCGAGCGGGACGCCCACCAACUGGAAAGUUAGAGGUGUACAAUCAUGCUCACUCUUCUCUUCGGAAUGUGGUUGAGCGCACAUUUGGUGUUCUGAAGCAGAAGUGGUGCAUCCUAAGGGAUGUGCCCCAAUUCAAGAUGGGAAAUCAAACGAUGAUUAUCAGUGCUUGUAUGACGUUGCACAAUUACAUUACGGAUAACAAGCUACGUGAUAAAGAGUUUGACAAAUGUGAUGAGAAUGAAAACUACAUGCCCGCGGUGGCACGGGCAACACCAUUGCUUGGGGAUGUCGUUUUGACAUCCUCUGAUGAAGGCAAUAUGAACGACACGCGUGACAGUAUUGCGACCUCUUUGUGGAUAGCACGACAAGCUAGAUAGUUUACUUUCUGUACAAAUAUUUAAUUAUAUGUAUGGAUUAUUAAUUAUAUGUAUGAUCCAAACCUUUAGCUCCCUUUUGUAUGGUGGAUUAUUAAUUAUAUGUAUGAUCCAAACCUUUGGCUC